UUCACCCAUUCACUUUGGUUUUGUGGAUUUUCUGUGCAAAAAAUUGCGUUAUUUAUGAAAAUUAUCGAAUUUUAUUAAAUCUUAUUGUAUCAACUAGCUCAACAUGUUACUAGUAAUACAUAACUUACCUAGUAAUAUAAAGUACGCGGAGCUAAAAUCUUUGAUUCAAGCAAAAUGUGGCGUGACGGAGAUGAUUCUUGAUAACUUGAUGAGUGAAGGUGCUACCAAGAAAGUGACCGUCGGGUUAGCCGACGAUGGGGACGCGGCGAUUCUCGUUCGCAAAAUCAACGGCAUAUUCAUCGGAGGCCAACAGCUCUACGUCGAAGAUGUGCGGCAAAGCAAAAAGGAAUCUGAUCAACCAUACCGCAGUGCGCGAAAUUUAGCGGAGGAGUCCCAAAUUCUAGGUCAGAAUUACCGAGGCCAUACCUUUCUGCAGGACUUCCAAGGAAAGCAGGGUUAUCAGGGAAACCAGGGUUUUCAAGGAAACCAGGGUUUUCUAGGAAGCCAGGGUUUUCAAGGAAGCCAGGGUUUUCAAGGAAGCCAGGGUUACCAAGACUUGAAGGUGGCCCAACCUCCAGCAUUGAUGGCCCAAGAUACAACAGCCAUGAUGAUGAACUAUAACAUGGCCAUGGGAGGCAUGGCCUACAUGCCUUCCGCCCAGACUAAUGUUAUGGGUUUCGGUGGUCAGCCUCAGCCACUCAUGCAGCAACCGAUGAUGUCUCAGUUUCCAAAGGCUAUUACUCAGCAAGAGAAUCUUUACGGCUUUGUAGCCGAAGGGUUCGAUCGUAAUUGGGGCGCCGAUAACAUGCGACCCAAUGAAAAUCGACGAUCCGAUGAUAAUAGGGGAUCUGACUCCAGGCAUCGCCAGUCUUUCGGGAGGGGGCCGCGGUCGCAAAGCCGCGGCGAGAGGUCUCAGGAUACUGGCAGCCGCAUGGUCACGCGAUGGGACAAGCCCAGGCCUGCUGGUCCCAGCGCAAGAGCCCGCAGUCCCUCGCCCCAGUGCGAAAUGUGGGACACCAUCGGUAACCGCUAUGACUACCAAAGCGAACCAGAAGCAAUGAAUUUUAACUCGGGACUGCAAGCCCACGACCAACACCGCAGUCAGUUCGACCAAGACCAGGAGUUUACUUUAAAUUAUGCUGAUCCGCCGCAAUCAGAUCAACUGCAAAACUUUUACGGCAGUCAUGUUAUGGAGUGCCCAAAUAGAGACGCGUCGAGGUGGGAUCCACGAGAAGACGAUGUUAAAUGGAACGAUCUCAGUUCUUUCAAAUCCCGCAGAGAUCCCGACAAUCGUAAUCGUAGCGACUCCUCGAGUAUGCGGCGCGGAAAAGACAGGUCUAGAGCCGUCUCUAGGGAACAACGACGGGAAAACUGGAGAGAAGAGCCCCGAGUGCCGCCGAAACGGUUUGCCAGUCGUUGGGAAAACGACUAUGACGAACCGCGAACAAAGAGGGUUGCUCCUCCAAGAGAAGAGACACCUAGAGACAGAAACAGGAGAGCUCCAGCUCCAGAGCCUAGACGACCUCAAAGUUUUCCAAAGAACGAUUUCAGGAAAGACCAAGGACAAAGCCCACCUCUCGAUAUCAGCAGCCAGUUGAAGAAAGAUGCCACGUGGCGAGGGCAAGCCACGUCGACUAUUGCGAAGGAAAUUUUAGGUAACAUAAAGCUCGACCGGAAAUAUAACUUUAUCGAGGUGAUGAACCAUCUCAAGUACAGCAUCAGGUCGCGACUGGACUUGAUGCUCGGUGACUCGCUGUCGACCCGCCUGCCGGAUAUCUUGGUCAAAUACCGCGAGAAGUUCCGUCCUUCAGGCGACAAGAAAUUCUUACAAGCUGUUUUGAACAGUAUACCGAAGACUAAUCCCUUCAAUUCAGAAGAGGUUGGAACAACAGUUGACCUGACAGGAUCGUCUGACUCAAACAGUGGUGCACCGAAGCCUGCGGCCAAAAAGAAAGUUAAAGCCCCUGCGAAGAAACCAGCAACCAAACCCUCGGGCCCUGUACCCAAAUUCCCAAAUGACGAUAAAAAGGCGUACAAUGAGCUGAGAAGGCAACAGAAGAAAGGAGAAGAUGUACUUCCUUUAUCUGCUGAUCUUCAAAAGGCUUUGGACGAGGAAACCGGUGUGCUGUGCGACCUGUUUAUGGGUGAAUGCACUCCGGACAAUGAAAAGGACAAGGUAAUAUGCGAGCGGAUCUCUGAUUUGGCUGCCGAUAACUUUAGGAAGGUGAUCAGUUACCACGCGACGAAGCGUCUUCAAAACUUUACGGGUAAUUUACCCGUCCGUAUGAUCUGCGAGGGCAAGAUCCCGCCACGGGAGAGUUUCGCCGGCUUCUUCAAGAAACACGGCAUUGUCAGCAUGAGGAAGUGUCAGGUUAAACUCGGAAGCGGUCGUAAGACCAUGGUCGUCGUGUGCUGCGACUCGUUCGAGAAUUACGACAAAUUGCUGGCGUUAAAAUCUGUUUUAAUUGACGGCGGCGUGAGGUUUGAGGUAAGACCUCUUCAAAUAUGUGGGCAGCCGCCGAAGAUAACUCGCGAUCAAGUGAUGAGCAGGAGGAGGCAGUUCAUUCACCAACAGAUCGAUAAAGACUGCACUAAUAUACUGAAACCAACCGAUCAACAAGGAAACACUGAUGUUGCUAACGGUCAAAAAGAGGUAAAUAAUGAACAGGUUAUCAAUCUGGAUGAGGAAAAUGAAGUCAAACAAUUUGACAAACAGGAUGAAACUAAUGACUAUGCAAAUACAAAAACUGUGAAGGGUGAUGAUGAUGUAGAAGAAGUUACUGAUGCAGUAGUAGUAUUUGACAUAGAGGACGGUGAAGAAGUUGCAAAUGAUGAUAUUCAGACAUAUCCCGAAUGUGUUGAUGAAGACGAUUUAGAAGACUACUGAUAUUAAGUGUUGUUUUUAGUUUAAAUCAUAAAUAAUUUUAAGUGUUUCUUUAAGGUUUACGUUGACGUACGAAAGUUCGAAAAGGAAAAGUUUCUCUAUGAAUUACCAAGUUUAUAAUAAUGUAAUUCUGUAUAUGUGAAUAAAAAUUUGCUUAAUGAGA